CCGUCGGCAGCCCUUUCGACGUCGGCCCCCACGCCGACUUUGACCCCACUGGUGGUGGAGGUCGGCCGUCUGAUGACAUGAGCAGCAUUGCUCUUCGCACCACCGCCACCGUAUCAUCACCACCACCACUACUACCAACAACUCGAACUUCAGCACGUUACCGCGGCAACAAGAGGUCUGUUAUACAUCAUGUCGACCGUCCCACACAUUAAUGCGGCUCGGGGUCUGGCGCUCGGCGAAGCUCCCCGAGGCGAAAGAAAGCCCAGGGUCGUAGUGACAGGCGGAAGCGGAAAGCUGGGACGAGCGACGAUAAGCCAUCUGUCCAGCCAGGGCUGGGAGGUCAUCAACUUCGACAUGCGAAGGCCUCCCACAGCGAGCGAGGACGGCAAAUCGGGCUUGGGUGGCGCCUACCGGCUCGUCGAAAUCGACCUGUCCAACAUGGGCUCCGUUCUUGAGGCUCUCUUGGAGGUCGACAUGGCCUACAAGGGCAUCGAUGCCAUUGUGCACCUGGCCGCCAUGCCUUCGCCCGGCCAAUCGUCCUCGUCGCUGCAAUUCAACACAAACGUGUCGAGCACGUACAACAUCCUCGAGGCUGCCCGCAAACUUAACAUCACCAACCUCGUGCUGGCCUCGAGCGAGACACUGAUCGGCAUCCCCCUCAAUCCAACUCCGCCGGCGCGGCUGCCCAUCACGGAAGAGUCGCCACGGCGGCCAGAGAGUGCCUACAGCCUCAGCAAACUCGUCGGCGAGGUGCUUGCCGACGAGUAUGCCCGAUGGCAGCCCGAUGCGAAGCUCAUCAGCCUUCGCUUCAGCAACGUCAUGCUCGAGUCCGAGUACGCUGGCUUCGAAGAAUGGCAAGACGACCCCAUGAAGCGCUUCUGGAAUUGCUGGGGCUACAUCGACGCCCGCGACGGUGCCCAGGCAAUCGAGCUGGCGCUCCAGUCGAAAAAGACGGGCCACCACGCCUACCUCGUCGCCAACAACAACACUUGCAUGCGCAAGUCCUCGGCGGAGCUCGCAAAGGCAGUGUUUCCCAAUGUCCCCCUCGACCCGCUUCCUUCGGCCAACGCCACUCUCCUCGACAAUUCAAAGGCAAAGAGGGAGCUCGGCUUCGAGCCGAAGCACGACUGGUCAUAGAAGAGUGAUGCUGAUCUCAAUGAGGCUACUAGAGCGUGUCGGUCGCAGGGAAGACAAGAAGAAAUGAAAGUGAAAAUUGAUACAGAUAAUGGUGACAGGUAUUCAUGAGUGAGAAAUUGUCCGCGGAUCAAGAGGCGCAUCUAGCCAGCCUCCUCAUCUUGAGAGGAAGCUUUGGGGAAGUCGCUAAUCUGAGGAGAGGCGAGCG